AUGGCUCGGGAGUGCCCCAACAAGAAAGACGGGGACCCCGGCGAUAUAAGCUGGAAGAAAGGCAAUAACGCAGCCAAGCGGUUCAUGGCGCGGGAACGCAAGGCGAACAUGAAAGCGAAGCAAAUGAAGACGUCCCCACUGCCUUCCAUGGAUGAUGAUGGACGUUGGGUUCGGCUGAACAACGUACUGGAAGUUCCCUACUGCCCGGACACCGGAGCAGACCAGAACAUCAUGCCAAACGCCAUGGUUGACGAACUUCAAGUGUUACAGCCCCAGCUUCAAGUUGUCAAGUUGGCGGCGCCAUUCGUGGGAACAGCGUGCAGCCAGAUGCCAUUCGAAGCGAGUUCCUAUACGACCGCUGGGCCAGUCAAGGAGCCAGGCAAACGCCGCUACUACGUGGUCGAUGAAGGAGAUGAAUUUCUAGUCUCGAACGAUACCCUCAACACCAUUGGUAUUGACAUGGCGCGCCUACAAGUGGAUGAUGAUGGUGACGACCUGGAAGUAGUUGGUGGCGAUUGCGUGGAAUUGCCCCAGCGAUCGGCCGUUCGAGCUGCGUCCUUGAAAGCGGCGCUACCUGUAGCCAAGAAUCGAGGAAACCCUGAAGGCAUGAUCGACAGCGCUUCGACCGACAAGUGGAGCGAAGAUGACGUGCUCAAGUACUACCGUCUGACCAACGACUAUCGCGUCGUGAACUCGUUAACCGAGCCAAAGGCGGGAACCAUGCCCUUCCAAGCUACCAUUCUCCAGAACCUGCGUGGCAAGAAAGCAAUGGGCGUGUUCGAUCUGCCCAAGUGCUUUUGGCAGUUCUCGCUGCACCCAGACAGCAAGGACAUGUGUCCAACGAACGAGGAAUGUUACAAGGACCUGCUCUACAAGAACCUGCUCAUCUGGAUCGACGACAUAUUUGUGUACGCCGCCGCAGUGGAAGAGUAUGUGGUUUCCCUCGAGUUUUUCUUCGAUCGAGUGGCCCAGUACGGUGGUGUGGACGCAUCAUCAGCGGAUGGCGUCAAGAAAUACCAUGAACGCAUUGAGCAUCUGUGUGCGAUCUUCUACCCUACUAAUGCGGGCGAAUUGCAACAGUUUGUGUACCCCGUGAGCUGGCAGUGGGACUCGAUGACCGAGUGCGCACAGACAGUCGACCCUCUGCAGCAGUGUCUGACGAAGGCCUUCGAAGGCAAGGGCAAGAAGAAGCGGAUCGCGUUUGGUGUUCAACUGGAACUUACCGACGCCGAGAAGCAAGCGUUUGACGCUGUAAAGUCCAAGCUACGAUCAUCGGUGGAGCUGUCUCACCCACGUGAUGACGCGACGAUGUGUCUCUUUACGGAUGCGAGUGACUAUGGAUGGUCGAUUGUGGUAACCCAAGUGGUUGGCAUUCGACGACGACAGCCCAUUCCAAAGGGCGUGGUCAGUCAUCGAGAAGGAGGCCUACCCUAUUGCGUGUGCGUGCGAGAAGCUUAA